AUUCAUCUAUUGGUCAAACCAAGAUUGAGGCUUGGACAGGAUAAGAUUUACACCCGUAAUUACAUACACAAUACAUCCUCUGGCCAAGAAAGACACACUGGCAUGGUGUGUUGUAGGUAGGAGGAAGUGUUUUUGUUGUUCUUCUUUUUCUGGGAUUUUAGGGUUUUGAAGUUCUUGAGAGAUGUCAAGUGGUGGAUGCAGUAUAGUGUGGUUUAGGAGGGAUCUGAGAGUGGAAGAUAACCCUGCUUUGGCUGCAGGGGUGAGGGCUGGGGCAAUCAUAGCACUCUUUAUCUGGGCUCCUGAGGAAGAAGGGCACUAUUAUCCUGGCAGGGUUUCAAGAUGGUGGCUUAAGCAGAGUUUGGCUCAUCUGGAUUCUUCUCUCAGGAGUCUGGGCACUACCCUAAUCACAAAGAGAUCUACUGAUAGUGUUUCUUCUCUGCUUGAGGUUAUCAAGUCUACUGGGGCCUCUCACCUCUUCUUCAACCACUUAUAUGACCCCUUGUCGCUUGUUAGGGAUCAUCGUGCAAAGGAAAUUUUAACGGCUCAAGGCGUGACUGUGCGGUCCUUCAAUGCUGAUUUGCUGUAUGAGCCGUGGGAAGUUGUGGAUGAUGAAGGUCACCCUUUCACAACCUUCAAUGCUUUUUGGGAUAGAUGCCUUAGCAUGCCUUAUGAUCCCGAGGCUCCACUUCUCCCGCCUAAAAGGAUCGUUUCUGGUGAUGUGUCUCGAUGUCCUUCGGUAAACUUAGUAUUUGAAGAUGAAUUGGAGAAAGGAAGCAAUGCACUUCUUGCUCGGGCAUGGUCGCCCGGGUGGAGGAAUGCUGAUAAGGCAUUAACAGCUUUUAUAAAUGGGGCAUUGCUCGAGUACUCACAGAACCGCAGGAAGGCUGAUAGUGCAACGACCUCAUUUCUUUCCCCGCAUUUACAUUUUGGGGAAGUGAGUGUUCGGAAAGCAUUCCAUCUGGUUCGAAUGAAGCAAGUUCUGUGGGCCAACGAAGGGAACAUAGCGGGCGAAGAGAGUGUGAAUCUGUUCCUCAAAUCCAUCGGGCUCAGAGAGUAUUCGAGAUAUAUGAGCUUUAACCAUCCAUACAGCCACGAAAGGCCCCUCCUUGGUCAUCUAAAGUACUUCCCGUGGGUAAUUAAUGAGGCCUACUUUAAGGCGUGGAGGCAAGGCAGAACCGGUUACCCUCUCGUGGAUGCUGGUAUGCGAGAACUCUGGGCAACCGGCUGGCUACAUGAUCGGAUACGCCUUGUGGUAUCUAGUUUCUUUGUCAAGGUUUUGCAGCUUCCAUGGAGAUGGGGAAUGAAGUACUUUUGGGAUACUCUACUAGAUGCAGAUCUCGAGAGUGAUGCUCUCGGUUGGCAAUACAUCUCCGGCACCCUACCCGAUGGCCGUGAAUUAGACCGCAUUGAUAAUCCUCAGUUUGAAGGCUACAAAUUCGACCCGAAUGGGGAGUAUGUACGUCGGUGGCUUCCUGAACUCGUUCGACUUCCAACCGAGUGGAUUCACCAUCCCUGGAACGCCCCGGAAUCUGUUCUUCAAGCAGCUGGUAUUGAGCUAGGAUCCAACUAUCCUCUUCCGAUUGUUGGAAUUGAUGCAGCAAAAGCGAGGCUACAAGACGCCCUUGCACAGAUGUGGCAGCUCAAGGCAGCUUCGAGAGCUGCAAUCGAGAAUGGUAUGGAGGAAGGACACGGGGACUCUACCGACUUAAUCGCAUUCCCUCAAGACAUGCAAAUGGAGACGAACCAUGAGCCCGUUAGAAACAACAAUCCUGCCACUAUCCGGGCUGAUGAGGAUCAGAUGGUUCCCAGCAUUACUUCCUUUUUGAGGGACGAAGAGAGCUCGAUGGAUCUCAGAAACCCGAGCGUGGAUAGCAGAGCCGAAGUGCCCACAACUGAAGCCCAAAUGAGGAACAACACGAGAGGCCAAACCGUCAUGCAAGCAGUUCGAAACAUCAACAUCAACACCAACAACCCGCCACAACCUAAUAUACGCAGAAGGAAUUCUGAAGACUCCACAGCUGAUUCUUCCAACAGCAGUCGGGGCGUUGUCCCAGUAUGGUCCCCCUCGAGCACAAAUUACUCGGAUCAAUUUGCGGGCGAUGACAACAACAACGCCAUUGGCACCACCAGUACAUCUUAUUUGCAAAGGCAUCAACAGCCACAUCAGCUAAUGAACUGGCAACGGUUGCCCCAGACAGGCAGGUGAUUGUUUACUCGUGACACGACAAAAAUCCAGGAAUUGGAGAAUCAAGAUAUCGGGGGUUAACAAGGUCAUUCAGACAAUGAAUCUGCACGUACUCACGCAGUGGAUCGAUCAUGUACUGUACUACUAAGUCUAACCUGAUCAAAACAGUCAAUUUGUGUGUAUAUUAGCGGGUUGGAUUGGAUUGGAUCAGGUGAUUCUUUUUCAUGUUUCUGGUUCCUGUUGUAUCAUAUCGUAGGGGUUCUACUGCAUAGUAUACACAUUCUAUAAGGCCAAAUAAUCAUCAAGUUGGCUCUGGGAGUUCCUGUAAUAAACUCAGGUUUGUGCCUCUUCAUUUUUGGCUUGAUUGCAUAUGUUAUUAUGUGAUCUUCUCUAUCAUACAAUCAUGGGGUAUCAUAGAUAUAGGGGAACAAUGUUUUGACUGCUGUACAUGUGUUUCAACCAAACUGGAAGUUAACGUUUGAUGAAGAACUAUGUGUGCUUGCCA